GCUCUCCAACUCCAAGCUAGGCGGCCGGCCGGCAAGGUAAAACCUUUACUCGCCAACGCUUGUCUACUGCCACUGAUUGCUCAUCCAUGCACACAUGUCAUCCACAAUAAUAGGAGGGAGGAAGGUGGUGGGAUCGAAGAUGAGCAGGUGGCGGCGGUACCUGUACGGCUGUACCUGCUGAGCGAUGAUUUGUAUCGGCGAGCCUACCCUCUCCACCGCAUCGACGCGUCCAGCCUCUUCUUCCCAACAGAUGAGAGGCCGCCUAGGGCGGAGGCGGGGGCUGAGGAUGCUCGGCUGCCCCAGCCGUGCAUCUCUUUCACCCCUCCACGCGCCCCCAACCGUGGCAUCUUGAAGCUCAGCUUCUUCACGCUGUUUGGCCGCGGCGGGAAGAAGAGUCUCAUCGCCGGCGCCGACGAGGAGGGCUCCACCGUCCUGUACGACCUCGACAAGCGGACCGUCACCAACCACAUCCGCAUCAACGAGCCCAAGGACCUGGUGAUCGACCCCGUCUCACUCGCCCUGGGUGACGCCCUCUAUGUCAUGGAUACGAUCCCACGCCCGCAGAGCCGCUGCGGCUUCGAAGCCCUCGCCUACGACGCCGAGGACGAAGAGGGGCGCGCGCAAGACUGGUGCUGGCGCUGUCUCCAGCCGCCGCCAUACGUCCUGGAGCCUGACUACAAGCCCACCCCAAUCAGCUCCUACACGGUGGUCGGCGGCACCAACAUCUGGAUAUCAACGCCGGGGAUCGGCACCUACUCCUUCGACACGGUGGGCGGCAGGUGGUCCAGGGCCGGCAAGUGGGUGCUGCCCUUCUGUGGCCGUGCCACCUACUUCCCGGAGUACAGUUCGUGGCUUGGCUUCUCGCCCCAGAGCAGGGGCCGCCUGCGCUGUGCCUCCGACCUCAGCACCGCUUCCAGGUCCAACAAGCCCAGCGGCCGCCUGCUCUGCGCCUCCGACCUCAGCACCGCCUCCAAGUCCAACAAGCCCAGCAGCGUUCUACUCCUGCAGGAGGAGGAGAUGCAGCUGCUGCAGCAGGAGCUUGAGCUGGAGGGUCCAGGCCGCACCUACGUGACUGACUCGUACCUUGUGCACCUGGGCUCCGCCAAAUUCUGCGCCGCCAAAUUCUUUCAGCAUGAAUACUAUAAGCGAGGAGAGCAGAUCCGAACUUUGCCGUCCUCACCGGAGUUGUCAUGGACCCGGACAGCAGGGCAUUGCGGAUGACCAAGCACAAAGCUCGACGUUACGGCAUGCUACCCUUGUGCAAUGGCUGGGUUUUCUGGGCCUUGUUUGGAUCGGCAACGAUUCUAGCACGC